AUGUAAUAACAUUGGCGAGGGGAAUUAAUCUGAUUUUUGUGUUAUUUCUAUUACUGCUCGGUUUUGGCUUGUAAAGAUUAGUUCACACAAGCUCAAGAUGUCGCUGGAUGUGACAGCUUGUCUCAAGGCACUUUCAAGCGCGUUUUGUCAAUACAGAAGUCAAAGCACUGAUCAUAACACCAAGGAUCUCGAACGACAAAUCGAUGUUUUAAUUGGAAUCACCUCAUCUGGGAAACCCCUUCAUGGAUUUAAUGCCAAAGAGCUUCUUCCUGCAGAGUGCCUCUCCUCACUAGUGGGUCUUUUGAGUGAGAACAGUGUGAAAACAAGUCUGUAUACCAAGGCUAUGGCUUUACUGUUUAAUCUUGCAAAUGACAGAAGCACAAGAGAGACUCUUCAUUCCACUUACCACCUGACCUCUACACUAGCAGCUCUACUUCAUAAACAUCACCUAGCAUCAAAUGGCAAAAUUAUUUUACAGUGUCUGCAACUUCUUGAAAGAGUCACAUAUGGCUGUAAAAUCACCACGCCGAGUGGAUACAUUGAGGAACUGAUCAGAUAUUUAGUAAAUAACAUACAGAUGCAAGAGUCAGACCUUACCAUACCAUGUUUAGGUCUGUUGGCAAACUUAUGCCGACAUAACCUACCAAUCCAGGCCCACGUCAAGGCACUGGAGAACAUCAAAUCACUCUACCGGACUCUGAUAGCCUUUCUCUCUCAUAGUAACCUGACAGUAAUUGUGUUUGCAUUAUCCAUUUUGACAAGCUUAUCACUUCAUGAGCAGCUAGGAGAGAAGCUGUUCAACUCCAAGAACAUUCACCAGACCUUUCAACUGGUUUUCACAUUUCUGAUUAAUGGUGAGGGUCCAACAACAAGACGUUCUUCGGUAGAUCUGUUUGUGGAUUUACUUGCCAGUCCUAAAAUUCAGCAGUCUCUCCUCAUACAUGAACAUCUGGCUUUUUACCUGGAGCAGAUUCUGGCAUUGCUACACUUAAACCAUGCAGAUGAGGCAGUUAAGGUAUUUGAGCUACUGUUGACAUUCUGCUCAGUUACUGGGUUACGAUGUCUUGUGUGCAGAGCAUUGUUUUCACCUGCUAGCUCCAAACCAAAGGACCCAAAUGUGAACAGUGCAUAUGAUGCUGUCUUAUACUGGACCAGUCAGUCAGUUGACACUCACUCAACUGUGUCCCUACAGGCUCUUGAUUUUAUCAAGGAGAUUUAUGAGGAACUUGUUGAUGGUGGUCUUCUGGAUCAGCUCUCUCCUUGCACAGUUGAUCUUGUUUCUGUUCUGACUCACCUACUUGUACCACCCACAGAAAUUGAUGGCUCCAUACUCAAACAAACUUGUGCACAGAUCAACAAGGCCUUGGAAGUUCUUAAUGUUCUUUGUUUUGAGGAUUCAUUGAAAAAUAUUGUUUUAGGACAUUUAAACCUGGAGUACUGGUGGAAAUUAUUGGAAUAUCAGUAUCAACACAAUAGUGUUGGAACGAGAAGCACUAUUGCGUUGCCUUGGAGCGUGGAAGGUGUUAACCUGGUGCUUCAGAUGUUAGACUUGCUGUGUAAGCUAAAGAAUGAUGUAACAGGACUCAAGGAACAGCUUGCUUCCGCGUUACAAGACCAGCGGUUAGUGCCAUUCUUGGCACGUGCGAUGAGUAGUGAUUCACGUGACAGCGUUCAAAAGGCUCUCCGGAUUCUGUGUGAUGCUAACAGCCUUCCAGACUUCCAAGCCAUAUGGUUAGGUGAUUUAAUCGCCUCAAAUAACGCGGCCCGUGAGGAAGAGGUGACACUUUUAAGACGACCCAUCGAAACAGACCUGAGUCCGCCAUCGUCUCCUCGGCACCAGGUUUCCAUUAAUAAUAGCCGCAACUCCACCAGCUUGCGUUCAGCAGGCCUGGACCACGCCCCUGUCAAGAUAACUGCUCCAGUAAAGAAUGCAAAUCGUGAUGCUAACAUUGAGUCGUUGAUCGAGAAGAUGAAAUCGGGACUAGAGGUUUACUGGCUUUUUUUUUUCAUAAACGAACUUCUUCAAGCUCAAAAGUCGGCGACAAAAGAGAUGGAAAUCAUGACGAGACACAAUGAAAACCUGAAAGUGAUCGCAGAAGAGCACGAGCAACUCAAGAUUGCUUUUGCUGAGCAGUCACAAAGACUUGAAACAAGCCAGCGUAGUCUUAUGGCGGCUCAAGACGAACACAAAGCUCUGUCUGACCUAAACGAGAUGUUGAGACGACACAACGAUAAUUUGAAGAGUCAACAUGACUGCACAUCCAAACAACUCCAAGAACUUGAACAGGAGAGGAAGAAAAUUGCUCAACAACUCAAAGAAAAGGACUUAAGAUGCCAAGAGCUCCGGAAAACGAUACAGAAACAAGAGGAAGAAACCAAACAACGCGAAAAGAAUAUCGAAGAUCUACAGCAGAUAAACGACUCCAUGAAAAGUAAUUUAGCGAAAGCCGAAAAGGAGAGAAAGGAGUUAUCCCAUAAGCUCUCGUCGCUGGAACUGAUCUGCCGUCAACACGAAGACGUGAUAAAGAAGCGAGAAACAACUGUCAAGGAAUUACAGUCUGAGCUGGAUCGACAAGCACAGAUUGCUGCAAUGAUUCACAACUUGAGUAGCGGAAAAGUUCCAUUGAAUAAUUUUGGUACCAAUUCAAGCUGACCAAGUCACCAUGCCUUCUUUUAUGACCGAUCCGCGUGCUAUCAAAGGGCCUGGAGAGCAGAACACUUUAUGUAAAAAGCCUAUAUUUGUACAAGAAACUUGAAGAGCCAUGUAUUUGUAUAUAUCCAUAUUGAAAAUGGUAAUUUAUUUUUAUCCUGUCAUCUCUGCAUGAGCUCUAUGAUCAAUCUUACCUUCGUUGUCUCCUAAGAUCUGAAAAUUUAGAGAACCGUUGAUGCAGUGAUUCCGUGAAAUAUUCCUUUCAAAAUAAAAAUUUUUCAAUGUGUAGAAAAAGUCUGCAAACGAGCGCAUUUUCUUAUAUUUUUAAGGAACGAUGGAUAUUAAAGAUCCC